AUGAGUGAAUAUUACAAUGUAGUGCCGUGGUAUAGUAGCAAAGAAUGGCAAAAACUGUAUGUGGACAUGUAUUCGCCAUCUUCUACAGUUUCAUCCAAAGAGGAAGCUCUUAAAUUACUUAUGAUUUGGAAAGCUAGAAGCCCUUCGUUGCCUUCUGGGAUCGAAUCUACUUUAACAUUACUCGAAGUACAAAUUCAAGACAUCAAAAACAUCCAUACCGUCAAUGAUACAAUGCUAUGCUUAGCUUAUUCAACAGCUUUAAUGCGAUUUGUUAACCACAUGCUUGACUCUCAAACCGCUAAAGGAUCAAGUUUGUAUAAAGCAGCCAAAAAUUUGGGUGUUCCAGAUUGGAUUGUAGACCUUCGACAUGAUACUGCACAUGGUAACACCUUGCCAUCAAUAGAAUUGCUUAGAGAAGCGACAUUGAUUAGUUUAGAUUGGCUCAAGAAAAAUUACUGGGACAAGCAUAAAGAGUUUAUUAAUGACUAUGUUUGCGGUCAGAUAGACUUAGAUGAAAGUGGAGAAAACAAAAUAAGUGCACUGAUGAGUUUUUGUGUUUCAUUGAGUAUCUGUGCUCAUUCCAAGUUGAAUAUCAAAAGUUUAGGUGAUAUUCCUGACAUAAAUAUGAGAGAAUCGAUAGUAAAUGAUAUAAGAGAUUUAUUUAAAGAUUCAUUAGAUUUGUCAAACAUGAAAAAAGUUUCCAUUCGUUCCUUAAUAAAUUUAAUUAACACACAAUCUAAGCGUCUUUUAAAAUCAAAAAAUACUGCAAUACUUGUAAAUAAAACUUUACUCGGUAAAAAUUCAAUAUUUUUAUCUUUAGAAGUAUUAAAUUUUCUUAAUGAUGGUACUCCUAAAAAGGAAUCUAGUCUCAGUAAGCAUUAUGUACAUUGUUUUGAAGUAUUGCUUACGUUUUUACAUACAAAUGAUUUGCUUCAAGAAUUUAUAUUGGAGCUCAUAAAAAUAUCACAAAAUACUAAUGAGAAUAGACAUAAAUGUUGGCUUGCUGCUGUUUGGAUAUCAGAAAUAUUAUGUGCAUUAAAAAAGUCAAGUCAAUUUGUAAGCAAGAUGAAUAAAAAAAAGUCUGGUACAGAGGUUAAGAAAAGAAAAGAUCUUAAAACCCUUUUUUAUCACUGGUUCCCUAACGAAAAAGGUUGUGGCCUUUUAUUGGAUUUGAAUAAGCCAGUACCUAAAGAUUUAACUGAUAUAAAUUUUGUGCGGCCUAUUAUUUCAUCAUAUAAUGAAUACCUUACUUAUUUCAUAAAGGAUAUUCUGAAUCUAAUUGAACCACAGUUACCAUCAUUAAUAACAGAAAAAAUAUGUAAACUGGCCAAGAUGAUAUCAUCUCCUUCCAAAUUUGCUGGUAAUUCAACACCAUCUAAAAUAUUUACCGUUGAUGACAUAAAAGCAGCUACAGAAGAUUCUUUCAUUAUUGACAUAGAGGCAAAUACAAAAUUAUCAGAUAAUCAAGAAGUAAAUGUUUCAAGUAACUUAUUUGGAAGUGAAGUAACAUCUGCAGGCCAAAUGAGCUAUGGUAUAUGGCAAAUAGUUGCUAAACACCAUGAUUGGUCUUCAUGCCCAAUUGGAAAAUUGCCAUGGCAACAUGGCACUGAAUCUGAACAAAUUGAAGUAAACACAAACAAUAUACAAUCUAUGGACACCGAGAUAAAUUGA